UUUCGUUUGAAAGGCGUCGCCUUUUGCUUAAAAUCGAUCUCUUGUCUUGUUGGCAUCGCCGAUUCUGCAACUGGGCCAUCUGUUUUUUCUGUAUUGGUUUGUAGAUCUUUGAGUGGAAUAGUUAGUUUUAUCGAUUGGAUUAAGAGGAUAAAGGGAGUCUCUCUCGAGGUUUUUAAGGAUGAAUUUUCUUGUAAGCAGUUUGCUUCUAAUGUGAUAUGGCGCUGCUGUUCGUGUCUCAUACAUAGAAAAAUGUCGUUUUACAUUGGUCGCGAGGCUUCGAAGUACAUACACGGGCUAGCAGCUCGAGGAGUUCAUUAUUUCCACCGGCCAGGACCUAUACUCCAGGAUAUUGGCUUCUUUCUUCUUCCGGAACUUGGGCCAGAAAGAGCUUACAUUAGCGAAACCGUAUUUACCUUUGUUUUUCUCUCUUUCGUAUUGUGGACUUUCCAUCCUUUCAUAUUGAAGAGCAAGAAGAUUUACACAGUCCUCAUUUGGUGCAGGGCAUGUCAAUUUCUUAGGAUAAUAACUUUCUACUCUACUCAGCUGCCUGGUCCGAAUUACCAUUGUCGAGAGGGAUCGAAGCUUGCUCGGCUGCCUCCUCCAGAUAAUAUUUUUGAAGUCCUAUUAAUAGUUCCUAAGGGUGUGCUGUAUGGCUGUGGGGAUCUAAUAUUUUCCUCUCACAUGAUAUUCUCUCUAGUUUUUGUGCGAACAUAUCAUAAAUACGGCACUCGAAGUUUUAUAAAGCAGCUUGCAUGGUUAACGGUUAUAAUCCAAAGCUUGUUGAUUGUGGCAUCACGAAAGCACUACACAGUCGAUGUUAUCGUGGCAUGGUACACAGUUAAUUUGGUCGUGUUCUUUAUUGACAAGAAGUUGCCAGAACUUCCUGACCGUUCUAGUGGGGCCACCCUUUUCCUGCCGGUGACAAAAGAUAACAGAAGUAAGGAAGAGAAUCAUAAGCUGAUUAAUGGAAACUCUGGAGAUUCAGCCGAUUGGAGGCCGAGAACUCAAGUAAACGGCAAGAUUAUGGAAGAUGGAAAUGUUGUCCAUGUUGAAGCAGUUAUCAACAGUGUUUAG